UUUCUUUGUUUUCUUUUUCUUUUUAUAUUUUUUUUAAAAGAAAGAAAAGAUCCUAACCGAAGUGCCAAACGUUAGUUGCACUUUUAUUUCUCUCUCUCUCUCUCUCUCUCUCUCUCAUUUGUAUUUUUAACAUUUAAAACUAGCAAUUUAUGUUAUUAUACUUUACUCGAAACGGGUUUCCGUAUUGUGUUCAUUGACAGGGAUAUUAUGUGAAAUAUUAGUACAUUGUCUAUUAAAUACAAUUUUCUAUACUAUGUGAACGAGAAAAUUGAAAUCGAGGAUAACAUGUAUUAUUAAUUAUAAACGCGAUAUAUGUAAAUAUGUAACGAUCAAUUUAAAAAGCUUUAAGUGCAGAAAAUGAUAUGUAAUUAAUUAUAACGUAUGAUUCUCUGUCAACAAUUGUAAACCGAAGUGUUACUACAUACAUUUAAUUUUAUUCCAAAGCGCAUGUAGAUAAAAUAAAUGAGAUUAAAUAUCUCGCAUGAUGAUAUUAAUAAUAAAAUACAAAGAAAAUUAUAGUUACAAAAGCUAGAGUCAGUUGACAUUACUGAUUAACCAUAAGCAUUGCCACAACUGCACAAUAUAUCUACACGUGUAACAUUAGGAAUAUGACCGAUGCUUCAUGUUUUGAGAAUUAACACCGUACACCGCAGUUGUAACACUUCAUAUAAGGCUGAAUUAAUGUGAUGAAAAAAGAUGGACGCCUUGACGUUUAGCUCGCACAGACUUGUUCACCUUGACUUGAAGGGCGCUCCUCCACGAGUUAGUUAUUUCGAAAAGAUUUAUAAAGGAAAGAAAGAAAGGAAAGAACAAUUCUAUUUAUUUCCUUUGAUAAGAACAUGGGGUGCCACUGGAUUACUAUUAGAAUGGGAAGAUACCUUCCCGUACACUCGAGAGCUUACUCAAAUAGGAAGCAACAGACCGAUCAAUUUGGCAAACGGAUAUACACUUCUAGAGGGAAAGCAAAUCUUACAGAUAGCUGGAGAUUGUGGUUUGGCAGUUGUACCAUUGGUACAAACUUUUGGACAUAUGGAGUUUGUACUGAAGCAUGACGAAUGGCGCUUUCUACGUGAAGUUGAACGUUUUCCAAGCUCUAUGUGUCCAUCUAAUCCACUAACUAUGAAUUUGGUAACAUCUUUAAUUCGUCAAAUAGUUAAUUUUCAUCCAGAUAUACAAUAUUUACACAUAGGAGCUGAUGAAAUUUGGCAUCUUGGUCUUUGUUCUGUUUGUACCAAACGGGCUGCCGCUAGUAAACAUGGAAAAUCAUCUUUAUUCUUGGAGCAUGUUUUAGCUGUCGCACAAUAUAUACAAGAGACAUAUCCUUAUUUGAAGAUAAUUAUGUGGGAUGAUAUGCUGAGAUCAAUAGACUUAAGGGUCUUGAAUGAGUAUUAUUUAGGGAAAUAUGUUGAACCAAUGAUUUGGCACUACGCUUCUAGAGAAACUUUUUCUCUACCUCAAGAUAUCUGGGAUAAAUAUAGUACUAUAUUUCCAAACAUUUGGGUAGCAACUGCAUUUAAAGGUGCAACUGGGUCUUGUCGGCAUAUUCCGAUAAUUCGACAUCAUAUAAGUAAUCAUGAGAAAUGGUUGGAAGAAUUAAGUAUUAAUGUAAAUAAAGUUCGAGAAUUUCGAGGCAUAGCAUUCACUGGAUGGUCAAGGUAUGAUCAUUAUGCUACAAUGUGUGAGUUAUUACCUGCAGCAAUACCAUCAUUAGCACUUUGCUUAAAAGCAUGGCUCCAUGGUUACUCAGAACAAUCACAUAUGGAAGUUGCUAAGAGUUUAGGAUAUUCAAAUCCUUUAGAUUUACAAACAAUACCUCAUCCACGACAAACAAUGCCAAAUGAACUAUCGUUUCCUGGCUGGGAAGUAGCAGUUGGUAUCGAGUGGUUCAUAGAUUACAAAAAUAAAUAUCAAAAUGUUUUAGUCAAUGAUCAAAUAUUAACUUGGAUGAAUCCAUGGCAAAUUGAUAACAAUUAUACAAACCCUAUGCAACUGGAGAGUUUAAUACCUGCAUUCUCGGGUAUGUUAUUGGAACUAUCAUCUUUGGAGGCAUAUUUAAGACUUCAUAUGGAAAAUAUCUUCUUUCCAUUUAUGAUUAAUGAGUGGAUGGGCACAAAUCUUCAACCGAUGAAAGUAAAGCUAACGGAGUUGAAGCAAAUAACAGAAAACCAACUUAGGAUUAACAUUCGCGCGUAAAAUAUAUUUAGUAUAAUGUAGUAUUCAUUUAUUUUUUACCUCAGAAAGUAAUUUUGGAUGGAAGUCAUUCAUAAACAAUAGAGUUUAGAGUAAAAGAAAGUAUAAAGAAGAAGAAUACAAAUAAAUAGUGUAUAAUGUGAAAUAUUCCUUUUAGAUG